AAGAAACGAGAGAGCACGCACCACACACUGAUGCACAGCGCUCCCCUCUUCUCUUCCUCUCCAUUCCUUUUUUUGUAAUUAUUAUUUUUUAUUUUAUUUACACUUCACACGUAUAAGUAUUACCUGGCACUACUUUUUUCUUUACUUAUAUUUUACAUACAAUAAACAAAAACCAAAAAAGGAAACUAUAUAACAACAACUACCACCACCACCACCACCGUCACCGUGUUGCACCUUUCUCUUUCAGUCAUGACUUCAUCGGGAGGUGGCGGAGGCAGGUACAUGGCCUACUCUCCCUCGCCUUCCGCCCCUCACUCUCCUCAUCUCUCUGGCCUUCGUUCUGCUGCCGCCGCAGCUUCCUCUGCCGCCUUCCUCGACCAAGAGAAAUACCUCUCCGAGUUACUGGCAGAGCGUCACAAGCUUAGUCCAUUCAUGCCAGUGCUUCCACAUACCUAUCGAUUGUUGAACCAGGAAAUUUUGCGUGUAACCACACUGUUGGGGAAUGCAUCAGUUUUAGGUCAAAGUGGGCUUGAACAAGCUAGCCCCCUGGCUUCUGGAGGAAUAUUUUCAAAUGGAGGAGCCGAUAUGAACGGAUGGACAUCACGGUUUCAAUCAGAAAUGUCAGGAUUAGUACAGCCCUCUUCGGCACAGAACUGGCUGAGUUCUCAAGGUAGCUCUUCUGGUCUUAUUGUUAAGAGAACGAUCAGAGUGGAUAUUCCUGUCGAGAAAUACCCUAAUUACAAUUUUGUUGGCCGCCUCCUUGGUCCUAGGGGCAACUCUCUUAAGCGUGUGGAAGCAAAUACAGAGUGUCGUGUCCUGAUAAGAGGGCGGGGCAGUAUUAAGGAUCCAGCUAGGGAAGAAAUGAUGAGAGGAAAGCCUGGGUAUGAACAUCUUAAUGAACCUCUUCAUAUCCUAGUUGAGGGAGAACUACCUGUUGAAAUAGUUGAUGCUCGCCUGAUGCAAGCACGGGAGAUACUUGAAGAUUUGCUUAAACCUGUGGAUGAAUCCCAGGAUUUCUACAAGAAACAACAGCUGCGAGAGCUAGCAAUGCUGAAUGGUACACUUCGUGAGGAAGGUUCUCCCAUGUCUGGUUCUGUAUCCCCCUUCCACAACAGCCUUGGUAUGAAGAGAGCAAAGACUAGGGGGUAAAGGAUCCCUCCAUGUGGGCUUUUGGAGCUUGUGUCUUAGUGUCUGCCGUAAGCAGCAGUUUCCCGGACAUUGCAGGUGUUGCUGUGUCAGGCAAUGCCUCCAACUGCCGUCGGGGCACUGGCACUGUUGCGUGCCAGUUCUAACUUGUUUCUAUAUGAAAGUGUGUUUAUCUUGUGUUUGGGAGAAGGUUAAAAGCUAGUAUUUACACAGUCAGGGGCAGGUGUCUGAGUUGUCAGGGUUUGCGCUUUUGCAUUUGUAUGUCUGUGGGUUGAGGCAGUUUGGUUGGGGCAGUCGCAGCCCCCCUAAAUUGUGCUUGUAUUAUUAGGUCAUAGUCUUAAAGCUUGCAAUGACAGUUUUGAUAUGAGGGAGUUAAAGGUAUGGUUUGGUUACAGAAGAAGUGAGGGUGAUUUUAUGUUAGUGAAUGUUGUUUUUGGGGCUGGAGUGUUUGGAAUUAUCAAAAUCCAAUUGUAGAUCGCACUCUUAGAUGUUAUUAUUAUUAUUAUUACGUUAUUAAAAGGAA